AUGGCCAAAUGCAGUCUUGUUUCAUGGGUUCAAUUCUUCUGCUUCUUCAGCCUGCUGCACAGAGGGAUUUUCUUGAAGGAUCAUACACCUAUGCUUCUCUGGUCAACAGACAGAUCUCUCCAAGGCUUGGCAAGUACUUUUCACGAAGGACACAUUAUCUCUGAACAUGAGCUGCAUAUGUUACUGCAACACGCCAUUUCUCAGGAUUCCAGAAACCUUGUCGUGUUUCUUCAAGAUAAGCUUAGCGUGGAUGACUUCACACGUUACGCAGACUCCUCUGGAAAUGAGACACAAUUUCUCAAUGUUCAGGAGCUUCUUAAGGCUUCAUCGUCCUCUUUAGUUUUGCCAGCUGUUGACUGCCAGACUGUCAAUCAUCUAACAGAAUACCUUCAGAAAACUCUGAAUUUGCCCUUGGUGAAUGUAGAUGGCCCUGAAACAUCAUAUCUAAUGGUGAAUGCAUCCAAACCCAAUCUAUUUGUGAUCAGGCUACAACCAACCAGGAGAAAAGACGAACCUGCCACUUUAAAGGCACUGAUCGAAAAUGACAAAAUAAUUGGAAGGAUUACUAAGGCUCUGCAGCAACAAAGAGUUCAGUCUUUGAUGAUUUACACCGCAAGGCAGCCAUCAAAAGUACCGGUGCAAUUUAAUAUAGCUGGGCACAGUAGACGACACCUGAUGUCUGCUGAUGCACAAGAUAACAGUCUCUAUAGUCCAGUGUAUGCACUCAAUGGGUCUGAACCAUGCAUCCUUUUUUAUGCCACUAAUUUCAGCCUCAUAUCCAACAAUGGUGAUCUUGUUGAUCUAUCCAAUUUAACAUUUGGGUCUCACAACGUGGAUACCAGUUUAUCUGUAUGUCUGCCCACCAAUGCCACAUUGUCAUUACUAUACACCAACCCAGUGCCUGGGAUCAAGAGUCUGGAAAUCAGAUUUGUGAUGACCAACAGGUUCUAUGCCGUCUCUGCUCAAAACUGGUUCACUUUAGAUUCUGUGGAGAUUGUACAAGUCAACAAGACUGCUGCUAAAUUUGAUGUCUCCAUCAUCUCUAGUCCUGUGGAGUACUCAUUUCAUUGCCAGCUGGUGGGAACAAAAAGCCAGUAUGGCGCAAGUCUAAUUCCAUUCGAUAAGGACGUGAAAAGCUGGGAAGUUGUCAUUUCUGAGUUCCAAAUUCAAGCUUUCAGUGUUCAAAACACCACCUUUGCAUAUGCAAGUGACUGUACAUCCUUCUUCACCCCUGCAAUUUGGAUGGCUCUGGUGACCUCAUUAGUUUUGUUACUGAUACUCACUUAUGGAAUCCACAUGAUUGUACAUCUCACAACAAACAGUAGAUUUGAUAACCCCAAAGAUCCACGUCUUUCUGUUCCGGAGACCGAAUAACUGCAUAUAUAAAUUCAGUGUAACAGUGAAUGCCUUUUAUACCUAAUAAUGUAGAAGAA